AUGCUGCCACCGCCGGCACCCUCUCCGGCCUCGGCGUCCUCACCAGAGGAUUCACAGCUUCCGCAAGGGCAAUGUCGCUAUAUUUUAACACAGGCAGAUCUCAAGGGCCAUCGAUGUGCCUGUGUCAUAUUCAGUCGCAGACUCUCUUUCCCCGGGGCUACCUGCGACUGCGGCCACCAGGCUUGCUUCCACCUGCCCAGCGCGGAUACCAGUUCCCCAGGGAGGCAAGAUGAUCUCACGGCAAUCAAGAGCAGAGUCCAAGCGCUGGAGCAGCAAGAAGGUCUCCUUGAGCGCCUGAGCCAGAUGGAGGAGUCACUGGACAAGGCGCGGGAAGAGCUGCAGAACGAGAUCAAGGGUUCUUAUCGCAACAUAUCGGCCGCCUGGCAGCUUAUAGAGCAGCUCCAGCGCAGACUGGCGAACUUUGAAGAGGUACAUCGCCUCCAGAGCGAGAAGUUGGACAGGGCCAGCCAAGAAAUCCAGGACCUUCGCAACCGCAACCUGGAGCUGUUAGAAACGGAUGAGAUGUUGGAGGAGAGACUCGAGAAGCUCGAGGGGGCGGAAGGCAUGGAUGCACUCCUCUCGCCAGAACAGGAGGCGGUCGAUGUUGGAUGCACCCCCGAUGCCAUCACUCUGCUGCAAGGACGUGUUCGUCGACGAUCGUCGGGCGCACGAUCACUCCCUCAACCACUCAACCUUUAUCGGCCUAAUAAGCAGCUGGCAACGCCGAGAUCCAGCAUCGCGGAUGCUCCAGGAUCCUCCAAAUUAUGGACUGUACACAUAUCGAUUCUGCCCUCACGGAGGCAGCCUUUUCCUUUCGAGAAGGACACCGUGGCCUACAAGCGCUGUUUGUCUCGCGGCUUACAGCGGAUGGUAGCCGUAUCUGGCACGGACGAGGAGUCCUUCUCAGUGUCCGUGAGUACGGCCUUUCGGGAUGUUCUACAGGGUGCGCCGUGGGAGCCCCUGCAGGUCCGAAUCUGCGAUGCUAGGGACUUGGAAGGGUUGCCUUUGCUUCGCCCUCUUAGUGCCAGCCUGGGCAAGGAGCCUCGAGACCUCGAGUUCCUGCGUAGCCACUGCGCCGUUUGCGACAGCAACGGACGCAUUCAGGCAAUGUACAUUGCACCGCGAGAACACAGCCUGUCGUGGCAGAGCAUCAUGAAGAUGCCCACUUAUGUCGAGGGCUUGGAGUGCAGUUGGGAGAGCGACAAACAGCUGGACGGCCCCGCCGAAGGAGAGCACGCCAUUUGGACAGGUUCAGAUCCGUGCGCUCGGCUUCCAGCGAAACGAAGCAGCGCCGAAAUGUCAACUGGCCAUACGAUGGGCGAAAGCGAUGAGCUGCAGGCCAAGAAGAGAACGCGUGCAGCAUGCCCGGCCUGGUAG